AGAAUAAAUAUACUGUCUGGAUCGUUCACAUGUACAUAUUGAAAUGUGAAUAGAAUGCGAUAAUUCUUUUUUUUUUAAAAAAAACAACAUUAUUGAACAAUGUCUAAUAGUACAUUUAUUGAUUUUGGACAACCAAUGACAGGGAUCUUAGCAAUUUAUUCAAUAUCUAUCAUUAUAUUUGGAUCAUUAGGAAAUAUUUUAAUCUUAUUAACAAUAUCGCAUAAAAAUUAUCUGUUACAGUAUGAAAAUGGUCGAUCUGUUGACAGUUCUUUUAAUAGUAGUAUAUACAUAAUUAAAGGAAUAAUUUGUAUAAAAUCUUGUAAACGAUCUGAAUUAUUAUUGAUUCUACUUACAUACACUGAUUUUAUUUGUUUAUGGAUACUAGUACUACGUUAUGCCAUACAUCUGACUACAGAUCAGGAUAUACGAACAAUCACUUUGGCAGGAUGUCUACUGCAUACGUAUUUAUCAAUGGUUGGCAGUAAUUUAAGUGUUGGUCUGUUGGGCAUCUUUUCUGUUCAACGGGCUAUCGCUAUAAUCUGGCCAAUGAUCUCGAAGAAAUGGUUAACACGAAAAUGCUUGUAUAUAUGUAUGAUAAUAACUUUAUUGAUUAUUCUUAUUAAACACCUGCCUGUGUUUAUUUUAUUAAAUAUAAGACAACUCGCACCAAGUUUAUAUGUAUGCGAUAUAAACUACAAGGAUGAUGAUAAUAAAACUAAAUUUAAAUACUACUAUUAUAUAGAAUUCAGUACGCAUAUAGUACUCGGUUAUGUUAUUCUAAUUAUAUCAAAUAUCAGCCUGUUUAUUUGUUUAAAUAUUCAAAAACGCAACAAAGUAGCUAAUAUUACAACAGGAAAUGAUACAACAACAACACAAAAGUUGAAUAGAAUUCGUUAUAUGAAUUCUGCACGUUUAGUAUUGGCAUUAAGUUUCUAUCAAGUGAUAAGCUCGAUACCAUUUUUUGUAUUAGUUGAAUUACCCAGCGUGUCUGGUAGUCAAAUAAUACCAGAUAAAAAAAGAUGGUUAGCUUAUUAUAUCACAACUUUAUUGUUGUUUACAAAUAAUUCAUAUAAUUUUUUUAUAACUGUAUAUGUUAGCCAGCAUUUUCGUAAAUCAACAAAACUUAUGCUUUUACAUACAUGGAAUAGUUUAAAGUGUAAAAAGUGAAUACCCAGUAUAUAUUGUGUGUAAAUAAUUCUUACUUUCAUGUUAUGUUGUUCACCUGAAUCCACUUGUAUGCCUAUGAUUUGAUGGUGUUACGAGGAGGCGGUUACAACUAGAAUCAACAUUAUCAGCAGUCAUUGGCUGAUGAGGUGUUUGAUUUAUAUUGUUGCGUGGAUGUGAUAAUGUUAUUGGAUAAUUAUUUCAUUAUGGAGAAAAUUUAUUUUGAUAAAGUUACACAGUGUUAUAGAGUAAUAUUUACUGAUGACAAUGUUUUGAGCACAAUUUAUUGCUUAUAAUCAUAUCAGGCUAUUGGAUAAUCUUUUACUUGAACCUUAUGCAAUCAGAUGUCCUACCUUAUAUAAUCAAUCACAUUAUUUUGUUUAAUCAGUUACUUAGCG